CAUUGUGUGGUGUAACCUGUCUCCUGCUCGACAGAGGGAGCGGAGAGUUGGUUAACAGAGUGGAUCAGAGACGCUGUGAGGACUAGUGAGCCUUUUAUACAGCUGUCCGGAGGAGAGCUGCGGAGCCUGGAAACAUAUGAUCUGAGAAGGUGUGUCGUGUCCUCCUGUCUGCUGGUAUCAGAAAUGCAGUUCUCAUUCAGACCGAGUCUCUGCCUACUGGGCUUGGUUCUCAUCUCUCUGUUUCCUCAGCCAGCGCGGGGCCAAGUUUCAUCACCACGAAGGUUUCGUGCCAAAGUCCUGAGCCCCACCAAACUGCAAGUGUUGUGGAAAGAACCAAAAGGAGAGUUUGAAAGCUACAAAGUCAUUUACACCACUCAACCAGGUGGACAGCAGGAGGUGGUUCAGGUGUCAAGGGGGGAAGCAAAACUCCUCAUUGAGGACUUUGACCCCUCUAAAGAAUACAACUUUAAGAUCAUUGCUCUCAAUAGAGGAAAGGAGAGCAAACCUCUUCAGGCCAAACAUGAAGCUCAGCGAUCAGGUGUCGAGAUGGUUCAGUCCCAGAGGAGAAACGACAACGGAGUCACAGAGGAGAACAACGAGAUCUCAGAAGAUGAAGAGGGGUUCAUGUGUAAGACUCCAGCCAUAGCUGACCUUGUGAUUCUGGUCGACGGCUCCUGGAGUAUCGGUCGCAUCAACUUCAGGCUGGUCAGGACGUUCUUAGAGAAUCUGGUCCGGGCCUUCACUGUGGAGUUCGACAAGACCAGGAUUGGCUUGGCUCAGUACAGCGGAGACCCCAGGAUUGAGUGGCAUCUGAACGCUCACACCACCAAAGACUCUGUGAUCGAUGCUGUGAAGAACCUGCCGUAUAAAGGAGGAAACACACUGACAGGUUUGGCUCUGACCUUCAUCCUGGAGAACAGCUUCAAACCAGAGUCUGGAUCCAGACCCGGCGUUCCCAAGAUAGGAAUCCUCAUCACUGACGGGAAGUCUCAGGAUGAUGUGAUACCCCCGGCGCAGAGCCUCAGGGAAGCUGGGAUAGAGCUGUUCGCCAUCGGUGUGAAAAACGCUGACGAGAACGAGCUGAAGGCCAUCGCCUCUCCUCCCGAGGAGACUCACGUCUACAACGUGGCCGACUUCAGCGUGAUGAGCGACAUCGUGGAAGGUCUGACUAAGACCGUCUGCGACCGAGUGGAGCAGCUCGACAAGCAGCUCAAAGGGGGAGAACCCGCCCCCCCGCCCACCUCUGUAGCUCCUCCCCGCGACCUGGUGACGUCUGAGAUCACGGCUCGCAGUUUUCGGGUGACAUGGACCCAUGCACCGGGCCAGGUGGAGAAGUACCGCGUGGUCUACUACCCCGCCAGUGGAGGACAGCCAGAAGAAAAAGUGGUUCAGGGCACGGACAACGGCGUGGAGCUGAACUACCUGAACUCUCUGACCGAGUACCAGGUGGCCGUAUUCGCCGUCUACCGCAGCUCCGCCAGUGAGGCCCUGAGAGGAAGUGCCACCACAUUGGCCCUGCCCACGGUGAAUGACCUGGAGCUGUUCGAUAUCACUCACAGCACCAUGAGGGUCCGCUGGAGGACCGCUGCCGGGGCUUCUGGGUACAUGAUCCUUUACGCCCCGCUGACCGAGGGAGACCCUGCAGAUGAGAAGGAGGUGAAGGUGUCAGACUCGGUGAAGGAGGUGGAGCUUGAGGGAUUGACUCCGGACACCGAGUACACAGUGACGGUUUACGCCAUGUACGGAGAGGAGGCCAGCGACCCCAUGACCAGCCAGCAGACCACACUGCCACUGACCGCGGCAAAGAACCUGCGUUUCUCAGACGUGGACCACAGCUCCGCCCGCCUCACAUGGGACUCCGCCUCCAGGAAGGUCAAAGGAUACCGCGUCAUGUACGUCAAGACCAACGGAGUCCAAACCAAUGAGGUGGAUGUUGGCCGUGUGACCACCUGGUUGCUAAGAAACCUGACCUCCUUGACCGAGUACACAGUUGGUGUUUUUGCCAUCUAUGAUGAAGGACAAGCUGAGGCUGUGACUGACAGCUUCACUACAAAGACUGUCCCAGACCCGCUGGAUCUGAGGAGCAGUGACAUCUCCACAGACAGCUUCAGGGUGUCAUGGCAACACCCGGCCUCUGAUGUGGUGCUGUACCGCCUCACCUGGACACCCACUGAUGGAGGAGACAGCGAGGAGGCAAUGUUGAAUGGGAAUGUUAACAGCUACCUGAUAACAGGACUCAGCCCCAACACAGAGUACGAAGUCCUCCUGGCUGCCACCUAUGGAAAUGAGGUGGAGAGUGAUGAGGUCAUCCUCAUAGAGUCCACUGUUGAAAGAACAACCACUGUUGCUACGACAACCACCACCACAGCAGCUCCUCGUUACGGGGUGAGGAACAUGAGGAUUGAUGAGGAGACCACCUUCAGUAUGCGGGUGUCCUGGCAGGCUGUCGACUUCAGAAACGUCCGACACUAUCGACUGAACUACAUCAGCGCCAGGGGAGACCGAGCAGAGGAGACGAGGACGGUGCCCACUGGGCAGAGCAGCCUGGUUCUGCAGCCUCUUCUGUCCGACACCGAGUACAAAGUUAGCAUCACUCCUGUUUACCCUGAUGGAAACGGACCAACAGCAGCACGAAUGGGACGGACACUUCCUCUCUCAGCUCCUAAGAACCUGCGAGUGUCAGAGGAAUGGUAUAACCGCUUCAGGAUCAGCUGGGACGUUCCACCUUCACCCACCAUGGGCUACAGAGUCGUCUACCAGCCUCUAACUGCCCCCGGGCCAGCUCUGGAGACCUUCGUGGGGGAGGACGUGAACACCAUGCUGAUCGUCAACCUGCUGAGUGGGACGGAGUACAGCGUCAAGGUCAUCGCCUCCUACACCACUGGAUCCAGCGAAGCCCUGUCAGGGAGGGCCAAGACCCUGUACCUGGGGGUCACCAACCUGAGUGCCUAUCAGGUGAGGAUGACGGGUGUGUGCGCCCAGUGGCAGCUCCACCGACAUGCCGGCGCCUACAGAGUGGUAAUCGAGUCCCUGCUCAACGGUCAGAAGCAAGAGACGAAGCUGAGUGGAGGAGCCAGCAGACACUGUUUCAACAACCUGAAGCCCAACACUCAGUAUAAGAUCAGCGUGUACGCACAGCUGCAGGACGGGACUGAAGGACCUGCAGUCACGGUUAUUGAAAAGACACUACCCAUCCCGACCCCGGCGCCAACCAGGCCCCCCACCACCACCCCACUACCCACAAUCCCCCCAGCCAAAGAAGUCUGCAAGGCGGCCAAAGCAGACCUGGUCUUCCUGGUGGAUGGCUCCUGGAGUAUCGGUGAUGAGAACUUCCUGAAGAUUAUCCGCUUCCUGUACAGCACCAGCGGAGCUCUGGACAGGAUCGGGCCGGAUGGCACACAGGUGGCCAUGGUCCAGUUCAGUGACGACGCUCGGACUGAGUUCAAGCUGAACUCGUACAGCGACAAGGAGCGACUGCUGGACGCCAUCAACAAGAUUUCCUACAAGGGCGGAAACACCAAGACUGGUCGAGCUAUCCAGCAUGUGAAGGAAAACAUCUUCACGGUGGAGGGAGGAGUCAGGAGGGGAAUCCCCAAUGUCCUCGUGGUCCUCACAGAUGGCCGAUCCCAGGACGACGUCAACAAGAUUUCCAAGGAGAUGCAGAUGGAAGGUUACAUUGUGUUCGCCAUUGGCUUCGCUGACGCUGACUACGGCGAGCUGGUGAGCAUCGCCAGCAAACCCAGCGACAGACACGUCUUCUUCGUGGACGACCUGGACGCCUUCAAGAAGAUUGAAGAGAAGCUGGUGACCUUUGUGUGCGAAGCCGCCACCGCCACUUGUCCAUCUAUACCAAUGAGCGGAAGCACAACACCAGGUUUCCGUAUGAUGGAGCUGUUUGGGCUGGUGGAGAAUCGGUACAGCAGCAUGUCUGGCAUUUCCAUGGUACCUGGCACCUUCAACACCUUCCCCUGUUUCCACUUGCACAGUGACGCACUUCUGGCUCAGCCAACCAGGUACAUCCACCCUGAGGGGCUUCCCUCCGACUACACCAUCACCCUGCUGUUCAGACUGCUGCCCAACACUCCAGAGGAGCCCUUUGCCCUCUGGGAGAUCCUCAACAAAAACAACGAGCCGCUGGUGGGAGUCAUCCUGGACAACGGAGGGAAGACUCUGACGUUCUUCAACAACGAUUACAAAGGAGAGUUUCAGACGGUGACCUUCGAAGGGCCAGAAAUCAAAAAACUCUUCUACGGCAGCUUCCAUAAGCUUCACAUUGCGAUCAGCAAGACGAGCGCCAAAGUGGUGAUCGACUGUAAGAUGGUGGCCGAGAAAACGAUCAACGCAGCGGGAAACAUCACCACUGAUGGACUGGAAGUUUUGGGCCGGAUGGUCCGCUCCAGAGGGAACAAGGACAACUCUGCGCCGUUCCAGCUCCAGAUCUUUGACAUCGUCUGCAGCACUUCAUGGGCCAACAGAGACAAGUGCUGCGAACUUCCUGGUCUGAGGAAGGAGGUAGACUGCCCGGCCUUGCCCAAAGCCUGCACCUGCACCCAGGACAGCAAAGGCCCUGCUGGCCCUGCUGGACCACCAGGAGGCCCAGGAAUCAGAGGAGCCAGAGGUGAUCGCGGAGAGCCAGGCCCGGUGGGGCCGACUGGUCCAGUAGGCGAUACAGGUGUACCAGGACCUCAGGGACCCCCAGGGCCACAAGGACCCAGUGGACGCUCCAUCAUUGGACCCCCAGGUGCACCAGGAGAGAGAGGGCAGAAAGGUGACGCCGGACAACAAGGAGCACAGGGAGUUCCAGGUAGAGCCGGAGCUCAAGGCAGAGAGGGACCCUCAGGACAAAGGGGAAUGCCAGGCAAGGACGGCCCACCGGGCAGAGAGGGCCCCACAGGAACUAUCGGAACUCCAGGAGCCCCCGGGGCUCCAGGAAGUACAGGCCCUCCAGGAAAACAGGGAGAACUGGGACCUCCGGGUCCUUCUGGAGGCAAGGGGGAGAAAGGUGAACGGGGUGACCUCCAGUCGACGGCUUCAGUUCAGGCCAUCGCCAGGCAGGUCUGUGAGCAGCUGAUCCAAAGCCACAUGGCGCGCUACAACUCCAUCCUGAACCAUGUACCAAGUCCACCAGUGUCCAUCCGCACUGUGCCAGGACCCCCCGGAGAGCCGGGUCGACAGGGAAAUCCAGGGCCCCAGGGAGAACAGGGACCCCCAGGAAGACCUGGCUUCCCGGGACAGAACGGACAGAACGGGCAACCUGGAGAAAGAGGUCAAACAGGAGAGAAGGGUGAGAAGGGAUCUCAAGGGGCCGGAGUCCAAGGCCCCAGAGGACCUCCAGGACCCCCUGGUGCUCAAGGACAGGGCAGACCCGGCAGCCACGGUCCAUCAGGGCGACCCGGGAAUCCUGGGUCCGCUGGUCGGCCGGGGGUCCCUGGACCCGUUGGCCCCGCAGGGCCUCCGGGAUACUGUGACCCGAACUCCUGUGUGGGCUAUAACGUCGGAGAGGGUGAGGAUGUCACUCACGGCGGUGCUGUCCCCGCAGUCCAACUGCCGUCGAACGUCUUCCAGAACUACGGCGAGGUUGAGGAGGACGACCCGUACCGCUACUACCAGCCCAACUACCCGGCCCCGCAGCCCGUGUCGCCCGACGACCCCGCGCUCGCCCUGGACGACAUCGAGCUGAGGUCCCCCGGCAUCCACCGCGCCUCACGGAGCGUGGAGGGGGAGGAGGAGAGAGUCGGGCCGAAGAGGAGACUAAAGAGAGGAGCGAAGACGCUGCCGGGACUAACUAACUGAAAGGAGGUGAUUGGAGGAAGGAGGGCCGCUCGCUGUUUCUGAUUGGACGGUUUGGAGCCGUUAUGGACUAAUCAACAAGUGCCUGAUGUAGAGGAUUUCUUAUGGACAUUGUAGAGGGGAGGGGGUGGGGGUAUCAGGUUGGGACUAUUUUAACUCAUCUAUGCUAUUGAAAACAGUUUCAUAUUGUUUUGCUUUGUUUUUGUCUCAGUAGAGACAGUUGUUGAAAAAUGGGUUGAGCUACAACUGGUUUAUAUUUCAGUUUGCUUUUUGUCCAAGCUCGUCUCUGUGUGUUACAGGUGAAGUGUUUCUGUCACACUCCAGUUUCUAACACAUGUCGUCAUCAAACUGAGUGGAGAACGGCAGCCAGUCCCGUCCUACUGUCUGUUAUUGACUUGGUUGGUUUAAGUGCCUCAGAGUCGUCCGGAGGAAAUUUUAAAAGUGAUAAUGAGCAGGUGUAAUAAUUCAGUGCAACACUAGAAACCUACGAGCAUUUAUCCUCAGAGACACGCUCACAUUACAGCAAACUAACAAGCAGCACUUCAUGUUUUAUUUCAACCACUUAGCCAGCAGCUUCACAUACGCAACGAGCAGGAAAACACAACCUGCACAAAACACAAUAAAUACUAAUGUGAUAUACAACAACUACCAUAUUCAACCCCUCACAGUCCGAGGAAGCGACUGACAGAUCUUCUGCCAGACCCAGCUGUUGCUUCACAACGGCCUCUGACACACAGCUACCUACAGUACAGCACAAACAUGAUCAUGACACAUGAUCUUUUAUCUCAGUAAACAAACAGAUGAUCCGACUGAAAAACACCCACUGAUUUUUGACAGAGCAAAACAACAGAAAGCAAAGUGAUUUCACCUGAACUCUGACUGAACAAGUUUCUGUUUAUUUGUUUGAAAGGCUCCAGGUUCUAAAAAAACAAAACAAAACAAAAAAACAGAUAUUUAUGUAAAGUUUUGCAUGUUUUUUUUGUUUUUUUUAAUUAACCGUGUGAUUUAUCAUUUCUUUUAAUCUCAUAGAUCCAUAGACACAUUUUACUGUCACAUAUAAAGAUAUUUUUUAGUUUUUCCCUCAGACAUACGCAGUUAUUGUUACAGUGUUAAGCUCAUACUAAUGUUGCUCUGGAUUUGAAAAGGUUGAUGAAAAGAAACAAGUUGUAAAGAGAAAGAAAAACAGCUUCAUGUGAGAGAGUUGUUGUUUCUUUGUAAAUGUGUUGUUGUUUUUGUCGUCAGGUGUCUGGAUGUUGUCGUCACUGCAGAGGUUGUCAGACGGGCAGAAAGAAAAUUGAGUUUGAUAGUUUAGACUGACAGCUGUUUCCCGCUCUGUGUUUUUUCUUCUUUUGUUUUUGUUCCAUCUUUGGAUUGAUCUGCCUCCGUUUGUAACAUUUAUCAUUAAGAUCAUUUAAUUUAAGCUGCCAUCUGUUCCAGGACAUGACUCUCUGGGUCUCAGUUACUCAUUUUUCAUCUUUCAUGCAUAAACUAGAAACUGAUUUGAAAAACAGAAUCACUGCGGCGCGCAGCUUCUGUUUGAAGUUGUCUUGUGUUUGAUUGCAUUCAUGCAUUCAAUUUCUUACAGCUGGAGAUCAGUUAUAUGAACGGAAGGCCAGGUAUUUGGAAGAGGGUGUGCGUCAUUUAUUCACCCUCAAAUGUAUUUUCUUUUUCUAAUUUGGCCAAAAUUCAAGCUCAUUUCAACUUCUCCAAAUAUCUCGUACCUUCUCAGUCCGGUUUCUGAGGCCUUCAGGUCUGUGAGGAGCUCAGAACAAAAACAGGCCUCAGUGUUUGAGAUUUCCUUCUACACCUCUGACCAGGAUGUUUAAAGAAUAAAAUCAAGGAAGUAAUUUAUUUUUUACUUGGUAUUGAUUUUCUCAGAACAAUAAAACUGAAGUACAACUGUA